UGAAAACCUCACUUGGAUCUGCGGACACAGAUGUCAUGUGAAAACCCGCAUGCUCUCUUUUUAGUACUGUUGAUCGUUAUUAUCAAACAUUAACUCCGCUCGUCGCCCUCUGGAAUGCCUUUUUUACAAUAAAAAAAAACUCCUGACUCCUAGGUGCUUACAAAACUAAACUUUUACUAAGGAUCCUGUUUUAAAUGUUUAUGUUCGUAUCUUCAUGACUGCAUUCAGAAGCGAGUCGCCACCACCAUGCGAGCCCAAAUUGAAGUUAUACCAUGCAAAAUCUGUGGAGACAAGUCAUCUGGAAUCCACUACGGGGUCAUUACAUGUGAAGGCUGCAAGGGAUUCUUCCGAAGGAGCCAGCAGAAUAAUGCUUCAUAUUCCUGCCCUCGUCAGAGAAACUGCUUAAUCGACAGGACGAAUCGAAAUCGAUGCCAGCACUGCCGCCUGCAGAAGUGUCUCGCCCUGGGAAUGUCAAGAGAUGCGGUGAAGUUCGGGCGAAUGUCGAAGAAGCAGCGGGACAGCCUGUACGCGGAGGUGCAGAAGCACCAGCAGCGGCUGCAGGAGCAGCGGCAGCAGCAGAAUGGAGAGGCGGAGGCCCUCGCCCGCGUCUACACCAGCAGCAUCAGCACCGGCCUCAGCAACCUCAACACGGAGAUCGGCGGCACCUACGCCAACGGACACAUCAUCGACUUGCCCAAGGCGCAGGCCGGCACCGGCUUCUACAGCGUGGACUCCACACAGCCGUCCCCGGACCAGUCCGGCCUCGACAUGUCCGGGAUGAAGCAGAUCAAACAGGAGCCCAUUUACGACCUGACGCCUGUACCCAAUCUAUUUACGUACAGUUCGUACCCAGAUGGACAGCUGGCGCCUGGCGUCUCCAUGUCUGAGUUAGAUCGAAUCGCACAGAACAUCAUAAAGUCUCACCUGGAGACGUGUCAGUACACGGCGGAGGAGCUGCAGCAGCUGGCCUGGCAGACGCACACGUACGAGGAGGUCAAGCUGUAUCAGAGUAAGACGCGGGAUAUGCUCUGGCAGCAGUGCGCGAUCCAGAUCACUCACGCAAUACAGUACGUGGUGGAAUUUGCCAAACGCAUCACGGGCUUCAUGGAGCUCUGUCAAAACGACCAAAUCCUCCUUCUCAAAUCAGGUUGUCUGGAGGUGGUCCUGGUGAGGAUGUGCCGAGCAUUCAAUCCACUGAACAACACCGUGCUCUUUGAGGGAAAGUAUGGAGGCAUGCAGAUGUUCAAGGCUCUAGGGUGUGACGACCUCGUCAGUGCGGUCUUCGAGUUUGCCAAGAGCCUGUGCUCCCUGCAGCUGACGGAGGAGGAGAUAGCCCUGUUCUCUGCCGCGGUUCUCAUCUCCACAGAUCGGCCCUGGCUCAUCGAGCCACGAAAGGUGCAGAAACUCCAGGAGAAGAUCUACUUUGCCCUGCAACACGUCAUGCAGAAGAACCACCUGGACGAGGACGCCCUGGCAAAACUGAUUUCCAGAAUCCCCACACUGUCGGUGCUGUGCACGCUGCACACGGAGGAGCUGCAGGCGUUCCAGCAGUCGCAUCCUGAGACAGUGAACAUGCUCUUCCCGCCUCUCUACAAAGAGUUAUUCAACCCGGACUCUUCGUGUGGGACCAAGUGACUGUCUCGAGUUAGCUAGCGUGAGCGUGGAAGUGGAGUGAUGAGUGGGCCCGGCCAUCUGCGAGAAUUAGCCAGUGCUCACAGGAAAGCCACAAAACACAACAACAAAACAGCAACGACAAGCAAAACAUCUCAACUGGUACAAUGGGAAUGUCCAGCACUUCCAGUUUUAUUCACCGAUACAGUCUAAGAAUGUAAAUACGCACCUGCUAUGAGGAGCUUUCAAAAACUGACCAGAAAUGUACAGAUUUUAGAACAAUUUAAGUUGUCUUUUAAUUGGGUAAGUUUGUUUUUCUCUUCAGUUUUUUUAUGAUGUGAUAUUACCCGCUCAAGGGGAGGUGUUGAUUUUUUUUUUUUCACAUUCGAUUCAGAAAGAUACUGUAGAUAUAUUCCAGUGUAGUGUGAAUUUUCAGUAUUAAUUCUCAUUCUGUUUAUAAUUUAGUAAUAAUUUAAAAAAAUAUUAGCCUAAAAGGCUAAGAACUGUCUAUGUGUUUUUUAGUUUUUCAUGUACAGAAUUUGUAAAGUUGACUUUAAAAAAAUGUUGUUUAACGGGAACAUAUAAGUAGGUUGGGUACAUUUUAAAAAGCCUUGUCUGGAUUCUGUAGAUUUGUUCACUUUACAAGGGUAUUACAAUUAUUAUAGAACUGUAAUUUUUUUCUUAAAAUAACUAAUUUUCCACAUGAAAACGUAUUUUGUGAAAAAGGUCUGGCUGAACAAAGUCUGCUCUAUUGUCGGGCACUUUUUGUAGCUGCAAUAAUGUCGGUGUGUGCUGGACUGUUGUCGAACAAUCGCUGAGAGCCACUUGCAGGAAAAAGAACACAAAAUUUAUAUUGCACUCCAGUUGACGCUCAACGUUUACUGAAAGUUAUUACAAUGCUAAGUUGUGACAACACUUGAUCACACAAAUCCUGGAAACUUUUUGUGAACGAUGUAACUAUAACCUCUUAAUCUGUCAACAUUUUGCACACUUAGUCUGCAAAGACGUUCCGCCAGAGGCCGAUUGGGAAAAGGACUCUCGGAGAAGAGCAAUAAUUGUUUUUUUUUUUGUUUUUUUGGUUUUUUUGUGACUCAAAAUUAAGAGAGGAUCCUGAAGCAUGGUAGCUCUUAUUACUGGGCCUGUUUAAGCCGAAACAUGCCACAGGUACAAAACAGCAAAAUGAAGUAUAUGUAUAAAAUAAUGCAAACGGUGUAAUCCAGCAUUUAAAUAGUUUUCAUUUGUUUUUGCUCCUAAUUAAUUAUAGAGGAGCAAUUCUCGUUUAAGAAAGAUAAAACUGCCACAUUGUGUUUUAAUUGCUUUUUAUGUGUUAUAGCAAACCAUAAUUACCACAAAAAUCACAUAGUUAAGAUCCAGUUUUCUAUUUAUUUUUCAUCUUUCCAGACUGAGGCCAGAUAGGGGAUUUGCAGCAUAAAGGCCAUGAAAUACUUGAAAAGAGUGCUUGUUUUUCGGUCUACAGUUAUUGGGAUUAUUAUUUAUAUCAUUAUUAUUUCUCAUUCCCAUAUGCAUUUCUACAAACAAGACAUGCUAUUUGUUUCAUUAAAGCUGGGUUUGCCAAGAGUUUUCAUAUUAAAUUAAUUUUUUAAUUACCCGAUUGUACAGGAAGUCUGCAUGAUGACCAGGGGAUGUAGAGGUCAUGUGAUGAAUCUCAUUGGUUCCCCUGUGCCACACCUGCAAAAUUUGCCCAUAGGGCUGCCAUCUGUUCAGUGACCUUAUAAACAGGCUUGUGGACAUUUUUAAAUUCCACUAACAUUCUUAAGCAAAUGUAUGCUUAAAAACUCAUCCACACAGAGAUUUAAUGUUAUGGUGUGUGCCAUCAACCAAUGGGUCCAUUUAAAUGAAGCUUGUUUCUAUAUGCAAUCAAUAACAGGAUAAAUUUCAAAUGUUUUUCCAGAAGAAUUUUUACUUUAUUUGGUAAUAAUAAUAAUAGUAGUAAUAAUUGCUGAAUCCUUACUAGUUUUGACCUUAUGGAAACCAAAAAAAGUGUGGCAAUUGAGAUACUACAAUGAAAAUGACUUUAAAAUCCAUUUAAACUAUAUAUAAAGAAAUGUUAUUUAAAUUAGCUGAUAAUUCAAAUGAUCAUGUCAAAUCAAGUCAUGAUAUAUUGCAUUACGGUUCACUGCGGGAAUACAGAUGUCUGGAUGUAAGUGACCCAAAAAACGCCCAGAUGAUUUUUGUACGGCACCGUUUGUUCACAGUCUGCUGGUACUUUUCACACAGAGCCGUUCCCCCCUGCUUUGGUUUGCAGCGUCUCACAGACGGAAACCCAGGACCCUCACACAGCAAAGCACUUAGCCACGUUUUUUUUUUCUUCCUCAAACAGGGUAAAUGAAAUCAUUCCACUGGAACUUCUGCAGUUUACAGUUGCAAUACUUUAUUUGAACUUUGUAGUAACUGUGCUAGACAAUCAGUGUGUUUUAUUUAAUUUUUUUUUGUAGUAUUUAUAUGAAAUUAUCUUCAUGUUUGUCUGUUGUUUUUGCAUUAUGUAAUUAAAACAUAUUGUAUGGCCACUCAAAUAACUGCCUUUGGUUAGUAUACGUCCAAAUGUAUUUAUUUUUGACUUCUCAGGGCAUCUGUCGGUUGCUAACUUUUUCUAUUUUCAAGGCAGUUUAAGUCGGACAUUUAAUAAUAAUAAUUGAUCCCUAUGUGGAAAUUCACUUCACACCUCCCCCAACUUACUCUCUGUGGGUGAGAGCAAGCUGGUCAUGAAGGGCAGCCCCCCCAUGGCAGCACCCAGGGAGCUGGGGGUUAAGGGCCUUGCUCAAGGACCUGCAAAUGGCCAGAGGCUUGAACCAGCAACCUUCUGAUUACAGGCACAAAGGCUUAGCCCACUGAGCCAAAUGCUGCCCCCAACUGAAAGGGUACUCUGCUAAUAAUAAUACUGCUCCUUUUGGAAUAGUACUUUGCAAUUGGCUUUUGCUCCAAGAUGCAAUGUUUUAAACAAACUAAAAGAGGAAAAGCAUAAUGAUUAAUUUCAAAAUAGGUUAAGAUACUGCAUUAUGCCACUAGAUGGAACCAUCAUAAAGACAUUUUCACAAUUGUACGCAGAAACUGGAUGCAUUGUGCUUUAUGAUGCGGGAAAUUACCUAAUUUAUGCACUAUAUAUAAUAUAUAAUAUGCAUAAAAUAUAACAUAAUAUGAUCCAUAUAAUAGAGCAUAGAUUGUAAAAAUUUUAUUCAAUGGGUUAUUAUUCAAUCUGACCAGUGCAACUUACAGUAUGGGAGAGAAGGAAAAUAUUUAGAAUUUAAAAUGUUAAUUAAAUGUAUAUUUGCCAUAUUUAAAUAAAUUCAGAAAUAUGAAAAAAAAUAUCCAUAGAAUAUUCCGUAAGUGUAUUAAUAUUAUAGUUUUUUUUUUCAAAACUCCUCCUGAUGCUCAUUUGUUGAUAGAGCGCACUGUGGUAGAAUGAAAACCAGCCACUCUGAGGAUCCCUUUGUCUUUUAAAAGAGUGAUGAUGUGCUUCUUAAUUAUUCGUACUGUCCCGUCCAUUCCGACUGCAAGCCCUGUCGUUCCUGCUCUCAUGCCCAGAGCCCUCCUCUCGAAGAGCACCUCCGAAAGACAAUCACUUCCUGAUGCAGCCAUUGCUUGGUUGAUUUUUUUUCUCAGGGAAUCUGUAUUUCUCCGUGGAAGAGAACACAAAAUUGUGACCAUUUGGAAUUAUUUACCCACGGUGUUUAAAGUAGGAAAUACCCAGACAAGGCUUUCGUGUGUAUUUUUAUAUCGAUGACAAAAAAAAAAGGCUGAAUUUACUAUCUGAAACAACAGUACUGAUUAUGUGUGCUUGUUCAAAAGCAAAUGGCAAUAAUCAUUCCAAAUGAAACCCAUGCUUUUCUGUAAAUAGAUUUAUUUGCAUAAAUAUUUCUUUAAGCCGUUGUGGUGAUUGAUCAGAAUUUGUGUUGAAUAAUCCUUAUGCAUUGCAAAUUUAAGUUUCUCAUGUAGGUCUCGGAUUGCAUUGCUUCUUCAUACACAUUCAAAAGUUAAAUUAUUGAAAUAUAUAGAAAAAAUCAGCCAGCACCCUCCAUCCAAUGCACAAGAAGCAGUGAUUUCAGAUGAAAUCUUCUGAUUUCUGUUGCAACGAGGUUAUUUUUUCUGUGCGGUUCGUUUCUGAUGAGACUGUGAAGAGAGAGGGUCUGGGAGGAAGUUCAACACUGUUAAGUACUGUAGCAAUAAUUGUAAGCAUUUACUAUUGUCAUCUUAGCAUUGAAUGACUGUCUUAAUUUUGUUAUUAUACUAUGAUUGUUGUUGGUAUUGUAUUUUUUAUUUUUUUGGGGUUUUUAUGCAUGCUGUCCCAUAACAAUGAAAUGAUUGAUCUUUUGGAUUUUUUUUUCCAUACGAUGCAACGGGUGGGGUUAUGGUAAGGGGCUGGGAGAUUUCUUCUCUUUGAAUGUCCUGAAGUUGCAAUGAAUAUGUGCUGUGGUGAAUGCAUUAUGGUACACGUGCCUCUGUAGGAUUCCCAUCCACACUCUUCACAUUAUUGCGACUCUUCACUCUGAAGUCGGUAUUCUGUUUUGGGGAAGGACAGUCACCUCUCACGCUGGAGCUCAUGGGUGGCUCAAAGGUAGGGGUGGGGCAUCGAUGUCGUACUUCAAAAUCUACUUAUGCAGAAUGCAUGCGUGUAACUUUCACUUUUGUUAACUUAUUAAAUAGAAUGUUUCUGCCUCCCAGAACAUGUAGCAACUGUAACCAAAACUUCUUAACAGUACUUAGUGUACGUGUUUUUAAGAACAGAAUAAGGUCUUAAUAAAAGAAAAAACAAGAAAAUAAAAAUAAUUAUUUAAGUGCCAUAGCUAGGCUGAAUAAUUUGAACGGCAUCAUUGGAUAGAUGCAUUACCAUGUUAGUUAACUGGACAAGCAAUCAGAAGGGGAAUUCAUAAGCAAAUGUAAUUCAUUUGUUUUGUUUUAUUUUUACCUGUGAACUUUGACCCAGCUGUAAAGGAGAUGUUACGAACCUAGUCCCUGUAUCAGCAAACAGUCUAGGUCUCUUUAAUAGGCCUGCGUUUGUGAUGUGCAGCGUUUGUCUAAGUUCUUUAUUGAUACAGCCUCUAUAGUGUUUCUUCCUUCGAGUUGUAAAUAUCAAGCGAAGAUCUAAAUCGAUUUUGUUAAAUUCUAUAUAUUUUAAGCUUUUGUAGACGUCUUUCUGGGGAAAAAAAUAAAGGAAAUUUUAUUGAUGCAUUUCCUCAUUUUAUAAUGCAGAUAUUUCAUUUUUUGUUUUUCUACCACAACUGAUUGUAAUGCAUCUUUUCAAGCAUACUUUAAAAAAUACCUUUUAGUACUUUACCAACACAGUUUUACUCGCGCUUUCCUGACUUUCCAAAGAGAAUGGACUGAAUGAUCACUGAGCAAUUUUGCAUGCUUUAUGCAAUGGUCUGUCAUGUACAGCUGGAAGUCACGCACAACACAGAUGAGUCUUUUCAGAGACAUGCCCAGCGGGCAGCUGUAUUUUUUUACAAUUACAUGCUCUGGGCAGAGCAAAACCCUUACUAAGAGAGGUCGUUUAUAAAGUCCACAUGUUCAAAGUGGCAUUCCUAUUAUGGGAUGGCUUGACUCUGUACCAUAUUGUUCACUGGGAAGGGCACCGCUGAGGUGAAUCAAAGGGGCAGGCUGGCUGCAUCACGCAAAGUUUGAUCCUUUGUAGAGGAAAAGGCAAAUUGACAAUUGCAAACAAGCCAGUGCUAAAUCCACACUCCACUUCUCUACGUCAUCCUCCAGCUGAUACAUGCAAAUACAAAUAUAAAACCAUUUUUAAGAAUGAAAACAAAACAACAGAAUAUUUAAAACUUAAAACAAGAAUUAAGAAAGUAGAAUUUUAUGUAUAUGUGACCUACGUCUUAUUUUGAGAUAAGUACAUAAAAAUGCGUAAUUUAUACUGAAACUACAAAAAAAUCCUUAGCGAUCAUUCGAGAAUAAAGUCUUCAGUUUAAAGAGACUUCUUCUGUUCUUUUUGUAAUUCCCGAGUCAUUCUAAUAAAUUUGGCUUCAUGCUUAUUUCUCCUAAAAAAAUUGUGAUUUUCCUUCCUAAUGUACAAAAAAUAUUUUGGUAGCAAAUACUUUUUCUGUGUUAACAUCCCAGCAAGUGGUUCAAUUAAAAAAGAAAAGUGAAAGGUAAGAAUUUAUUGUUCGUAAUUGUAAAUACAAAAUUAUGUAAAGCAUCUACUGUUUUACAUUACAUUAGAAUGUAAAAUAAAGUUCUUAAAGAUGUAGUUCAAUGCUGUUAGAAUUCAUUUUAUAAUGUACAGAAUAUUCUGAAUGUUUGCUGUAUAUG